AUGGACUCAGAAACUCGAAAAGUGAUAUUCCAACUACGCAAAAUUGCAGAUCAAGGAGAAUCCACGGAAGAUGAGGAUAUGACCGACAUUGAUGACGACGUCGACUUUGAAGAUAGUGACAGGGAGCAAAAACUCGUAGGAGACCCGAAGAUAAUUUCUCAGCUGGCUUCUAUGCAAGGCCGAGAGCUAGAAAGCAAACUCAUCUCAGACUCAACAAAAAAGUCUGUCCUGAUGCUUGGAGAAUUCAAAUCAGGGGCGAAUUUCGUCAGCCAGAUAAUAAACCAAAGAUCAGACGCUCUGUAUUUAUUCGAACCUCUGUCACCCUUCGGAACUUCAUGCAACAAAGAAAAAGAAGUGAAGACGCACGUCUUAUAUCAGCUCAAUAAGUGUAAAUUCCCGAAUCAGGAGGAAAUCUUUGCGAAGCGCGGAAAUAGCAAAUCAUGGACGGCGUCGAUUUGUACAGACCAUCGCAUUUGCUUCCGACAUCGUUCGCGAGCAUUAAUUCGGCCACCUUUUUGCAAAAAGCCCUUUCCCAAUGAAGACAAGCUCAAACAAGCAGAAGCGCUUAGUAAGUGUGGCCCAGUAAAUAUCCGGACAGCCGAGGAAUACUGCCAAGACGCGGCAAUCGUUGGCGCAAAAGUUCAUCGAAUAUGUGAUUUUGAGGAAGUUAAAAAUCUCGCCUCUAAUCCAAACGCUGACUGGAAGUUCAUCUUUGUUGUUCGAGAUCCACGUGCUAUAUUUGCGUCUUUAGAACAUGCAAAGUCUGAGUCCGGGAAAAUUGAGACUCUUUGCAACCAGCUGAACGCAAACAUGAACUACCUUCUUAAUCCCACUAGCUCAAAUUGGAUAAAAAAGAAACUUUUGAUAAUCCGUUUCGAAGAUUUACUUCUCAAAAAAAAAUCUGUGAUCAACAACACUAACCAAUUCCUCGGACUUGACGCGUCAGAGGAUGUAAGCAAUUGGUUCGACGCGAACACGAAAGACACUCUCAACAACUGGAAAACUAGACUUUCUUCUUCUCAACUUCAAGAAGUACAAAAGCGCUGUGCCACUGCUAUGAGUUAUCUAGGCUACAAACAUAUCGCUGCAAAAGCUGUCAAAUCAUCUUCUACCGAAGAAACUCUUGCCACAAACUGGCCGCAAUCAACUGCCACAACUGUUAACGAGAAAUUGUGA